CUGACAAGCGACGUGAGGCAACGGAGUCAUAACAAAAGCCGCCGAAAUGGCCUUCAUGCCGUGCUGUAAGUACCCAAAAUAUAUUAUGGCCACACGCUCGGAAUUGUCGUUAAUAAGGCCUCACGUGAUGAUCUUCGAUCGGAGCACCGACAUCCCCGAAAUACCCGAAAUCCCCGACAUGUUAUCCACCACAAAUAUUGAGAUUUGCGCAUGCGCAGCCCAUUAGAGAUCUGUGACCCGUUCCCCAAAAAACGGGAAUGGGGAGAUCUUUCCAAUCCGCUAAUUGAUCUAAUGUGCUGCGAGAGGCCUGCCUGUACCUCUAUUCAUGAAUUGAAUAACGAUCCGUUGGUCAAUAAUCAAUAUUUGCUGUCGUUUGCAGUCUAUGUGCCCAAGCGGAUUAACGUGGCGAUCAUGCUUUUCAUGGCCUGCCUCCUCAGCUACAUGAUGCGGGUGAAUCUCUCGAUCAACAUCAUCGCCAUGGUGGAGGACACGAGCAGCCACGAGAAUGGAACGGAGGUGGAGGUACUGCCCGAUUAUGGACCGCGUUACAACUGGACGCAAUCGGAUCAGGCUCUGCUGCUGGGUGCCUAUUUCUAUGGCUAUAUGAUCACCUCACUCCCUGCCGGCACUCUAGCCGAGAUGCUGGGAGCCAGAAAUGUGGCAGGUUACAGUUGCCUGGUGGCUGGAAUCCUCACAGCUCUGACUCCGGCGGCAGCUGCCUGGGACAAAUAUGCUGUGUUUGCCGUCCGUUUCCUGAUCGGCUUCCUCAACGGUGUCGUGUAUCCGUGUUGCCACAGCCUGGUGUCCAAGUGGUCGCCCCCGGAUGAGAAGGGCAAGUUUGUGGCCUCGUUGAUGGGUGGCACCUUUGGCACCGUCAUCACAUGGCCCAUUAGCGGUGUGAUCAUCGAGAAUCUGGGCUGGGACUGGGCCUUCUACAUUGUGGGCAUAUUCGUGCUGGUGGUGGUCGCCAUAUGGUUCUACCUGGUGGCGGACACUCCUGCCCAGCACAAUACGAUCAGUCUGAAGGAGCGGGAAUAUAUCGAGAGCAGCUUGGGUGACACUCUAAGCAACAAGAAGAAGUGGCCACCAUACAAGGAGCUCAUCCUGUCGCUGCCCUUCUGGUCACUCAUGAUGCUCCACUACGGCAGCAUGUGGGGUCUGUUCUUCCUGAUCACCGCCACGCCCAAGUUCUUGAGCGAGGUCCUGGGCUUCAAUCUCUCGUCCGCCGGCUUCUUGUCCAGCUUGCCGCAUGUGGCACGUCUGCUCUGCGCCUUCGGCUUCGGCGCCGUGGCGGAUUGGAUUCGUCGACGUGGCUGGUUGUCGGUGACUCGCAUGCGCAAGGCCUUCUGCCUGCCCUCUCACAUCUUGCCCGGCAUCAUGCUGAUCAUCCUGGCCUACUUUGGUCGCGAUCCCUAUGUGUGCGUUGCCAUCAUGACCAUUUCGCUGGGCUUCAAUGGAGCUGCCACCGCCUCCAAUUUGGCCAACUCACAGGAUCUGGCGCCCAACUAUGCGGGCACGCUGUACGGCAUCAUCAACUGUGUUGGCACCACGCCCGGAAUCUUCUCGCCUCUGAUUGUGGCCGCUUUUACAAAGAACGAGAACACAAUCGAUCAGUGGCACUGGGUGUUCAUCAUUGGAGCCGCUGCAUACAUAUUGCCCGCGCUGUUCUUCUGGGUCUUCGGAUCGGGCAAGAUCCAGAAGUGGAACGAGGUUAAGACCACCGAGUCGCGAGAGGAUAUUGUCAACACAAAGUUGUAGUUUGUGCCCUGGCAAUCACCUGUGAUUAUGUACUUUAAGUAUUAAUGCCAUAACGACUUCUUGUGUACUUCUUUAUGGAGAGUCCUAUUAAAACCUUAGCCGUGUAUUUAUUAUUAA